AAAACACUUUGAACACACACACAUGCAUGGAGUCAUGAACUCGUCAUGCAUUGAUUUCGUAAUGUUCAGUCGCGGACAACACGAUGAGGACAACAUGUCACGUCGUCCAUGGAAGAGGGAGAGAUCGAUGCCCACUCAGCAUCAUCAUCAUCUUAACUUGUCUCCAAACGAAGAUGAGGAGCUCGCCAACUGUCUUGUGUUGUUGUCCAAUUCAGGGGAUGCGCAUGGUGAUCAUCAUAAACAACAUGGACAUGGUAAGGGCAAAACCGUCAAGAAGCAAAAAACCGCUCAGGUUUUCCAAUGCAAAGCUUGCAAGAAGGUGUUCACGUCGCAUCAGGCAUUGGGUGGACACAGGGCAAGCCACAAGAAAGUGAAGGGUUGUUUUGCCUCUCAAGAUAAAGAAGAGGAAGAGGAAGAGGAAUACAAAGAAGACGACGACGAGGACGAGGACGAAGAUGAGGAGGAGGAAGAAGACAAAUCAACGGCUCACAUUCCAAGAAAGAGAUCCAACGCUCACGAGUGCACCAUCUGCCAUCGCGUCUUCUCUUCGGGACAGGCCUUGGGAGGCCACAAGAGAUGCCAUUGGCUAACACCUUCCAAUUAUCUUCGUAUGACGUCGCUCCACGAUCAUCACCAUUCCGUCGGUAGACCGCAGCCGUUAGAUCAACCAUCUCUCGAUCUCAACUUAGCUUGCCAAGAGUAUUCCGUUGAUCCAACGGCCAUGAGCGUAGGGAUGAUCGAGAGAGAUGGUGGUGGCAAUAGUCACAACGCCACUUCAUCUUCAUGGCAAAUCAUGAACUAUUUGAGAAGUCUGUUGACUAUGUUGAACAUGAGAGUUAUGAGGCUUACAGCUUACUGUGUACACAUGAGCCAAGAUGGAGCUUGGGGAGAUUAUAUCCAGCUACAAGCAGCUGCUAAUAUCACACACACUGGAAUACGUGUACACCGGGAUAACUCUCCAAGUAACGAAACCAUGCCCAAGGUGCCUAACGGACGCAUGAUCAACUUAUCAUACCAUAGUGGAAACCACUACAACAGUGUUUGUCCGAAAGAUGAAGAUGCGAUUCAUCAGAAGACCACCACGGUUUGGUGGGAUUACGAGAACGCAAAAAUCACAGUCAGUAUGGAUCACGAGCUAACGCUUGAUUGGAUCGUGAAAAAAGUUGAGGAAUAUGAAUUUGGACAAGUAGAGCUUAGGCUGGUCGUUGGCUAUCAUAACUCACCUCACCCAAAAUUUCCGAGCAACAUUCCAAUCAUCUAUGGCAAUAAGUGUAAAAGAGAUAACCCUCAUACAAUUGUGAUUGAGGAAAUGGAAGAGAGGCAUAAGUGCAAGUUAUGUUGGAAGAGCUUCGCUAAUGGAAGGGCUUUGGGAGGUCACAUGAGGUCUCACAUGCUCCCGAGUCAGCCCGAGUCAGCUUCAUCUUCCAUGGCCGAUCCACUCCAGGACAGAGAGAGUGAAACCGAAUCGUCCAAGAAGCCCACCCGCAAACGAUCCAGACUUAACCGGAGAUCCAACGAAGAAGGGAAAAGUGAAACCGCAGGAGCAGCAGAGAUCAAGAUCGGGGUUCAAGAACUCAGUGAGGCGUGUACCGAGCAGGAACCGAUGAGCUCGGUGUCUGACGCUGCAACAGAGGAAGAAGACGUGGCCUUGAGUCUCAUGUUGCUGUCGAGAGACAAGUGGGAGAAGGAGGAGAGAGGGAAGAAGAAGAGGAAUAAUAAGUGGUUCGAGUGCGAGACUUGCGAGAAAGUGUUUAAGUCGUAUCAGGCGUUAGGUGGACACAGAGCAAGCCACAGGAAGAAGAGAGCAGAAACAGAUCAAUUAGUCUCAGAUGAGUUGAAGAAGAAGAAGAAAAAGACUAGUACAACUAGUCACCAUGAAUGUCCAAUCUGUUCCAAGGUCUUCUCAUCUGGUCAAGCUCUCGGAGGUCACAAAAGAUCUCACGCUUCGGCCAGCAAUGAUGAAUCCACGAUCAGAAGAUCAGGAAUAAUAAUCAGCUUGAUAGAUCUAAAUCUCCCAGCGCCAUCGGAGGAGGAAGACAUGGCCUCAAAGAGGAAAGGAGAAGGAAGAAUGAUGAACCCGACGAUUUCGUGGAGGUUAGCGUCUUCGACCUCUCUUCUCUCCAUCCAUCGCACACCAACAAGUGCCUUUAUCUCCGCCAUGACCUUCUCUUCUUCUUCUUCUUCUUCUUCGCUUGAAUUGGUUCUCGAGUACCACAACCAGACGAAGCACUCCUUCACCGGUUACGCGAGAGGUCCUCGUGGUCUCGACUGGGCCAAUCAGCCUAAUCCCUUCCGCCGUUACCUCUCUGCUCCUCUUCUUCCUCUCCAACACCCCAAUCACGACGAUGACGACGACUCUCCUCUCUACUCUUGUCUAUUCGACUCGCUUCCUCCGCCCAAACCCAUCUCUCUCGCUACCAUCUCUCACCUUUUCUACCAUUCUCUCGCUCUCUCCGCCUGGAAGACCACCGGAUCCUCCACCUGGCCCCUCCGCGUCAACCCCAGCAGCGGUAACUUGCAUCCCACCGAGGCCUAUCUCAUUGCUCCUCCCAUCCCUUCCCUCUCCCAAUCCGCUUUCGUCGCCCACUAUGCUCCUAAAGAGCAUUCUUUGGAGGUUAGAGCUCACAUCCCCUCUUCCUUUUUCCCCAACUUUUUCCCGGAGAAUUCUUUUCUCAUCGGCAUUUCUUCUAUCUUCUGGCGUGAAGCUUGGAAGUACGGAGAACGAGCGUUUAGGUACUGUAACCACGACGUCGGCCACGCCAUUGCCGCUCUCACCAUUGCAGCCGCAGAGCUUGGCUGGGACUUGAAGCUUCUCGACGGCUUCGGAGCUGAUGAUCUCAAGAGCCUUAUGGGGCUCCCUGAAUUUCAGAUGCCAGGUAAAGGUAAAGGUAAGCUCCCUGAGAUUGAAUUCGAGCAUCCUGACUGCUUGCUCCUUGUCUUCCCCCACGGGACUAGAGAUAUCAACUUAGACUACCUCGGAAUUUGCUCUGCCCUUAGAGACUUCCCAAGCCUAGAGUGGAAUGGAAACCCCAAUACUCUGAGCAAAGAGCAUCUGUGUUGGGAUAUCAUCUAUAGGACAGCCAAGGCUGUAGAAAAGCCUCCAUUGAUCUACUCCACCUCUUCUUCAAUUGAUGCUUCCUUCACAAGCAGUGCCCUGUUUAGCCAGAGUUCUUAUAACAAGUUAACGGCGAGGCAAGUUGUAAGGACGAGAAGAAGUGCUGUUGAUAUGGACGCUGUUACUUGUAUAGACAUGUCUGCGUUUUACCAGAUAUUGAUGCACUGUCUUCCUUCCGGCUCCACCACAGGCGAGCCCCAAAGAGAGCAACUUGCGCUGCCGUUUCGAGCUCUUCCUUUGGAUACUGCUGAGGUUCAUCUUGCCUUGUUUGUUCACAGAGUUUCGGGUUUGCCAAAGGGACUGUACUUCCUAGUCAGAAACGAGGAUCAUCUCAGCGAUCUCAAAACAGCUACGAGGCCUGAAUUUGAGUGGAAGAAACCAGAUGGAUGCCCGAACGAUCUUCCUCUGUACAAGCUCACCGAGGGUGAUUGCCAGAAGCUGGCAAAAGGGCUAUCAUGUCAUCAGGACAUUGCAGGGGAUGGAUGCUUCAGCCUAGGUAUGGUAGCUCGGUUUGAACCAGCGCUGCGGGAGAAGGGCUCAUGGGUGUACCCUCGACUGUUCUGGGAGACGGGUGUUAUUGGGCAAGUUUUGUACCUGGAAGCACACGCAAUGGGGAUCUCAGCAACCGGGAUAGGGUGCUAUUUCGAUGAUCCAGUGCACGAGAUUCUGGGGAUUAAAGACUCUAGCUUUCAGAGUCUGUACCAUUUCACUGUGGGAGGUCCAGUUGUAGACAAGCGGAUCAUGACUCUUCCUGCUUAUCCUGGUCCUACCACCACCGUUGCCUAGAUCAUACAUACUCGUUAAUCUGUGUUGAAUCCGUAAACAGCUUUCAUUUUGUGUUCUAAUCUUAUUCAGUUGUAGCUGAUGGUAAAUAUCCAAUUCUUGUGGAAUUUUAUAUUCCUUGUUUUUUUGGGGAAAUAGUUUUUCUUUGUUUGGUGACAUUGCUCUAAAACAAUUUGGAGAUAAAUCUCAUUUAAGAUGAGUAUCUUGAACAUGAUGCUAGUCACAAUAGAAAUUCUCAAAUUCA